GCGAACACGGAGCGAUGGUUCCGAAGAGAGAGAGAGAGAGAGAGAGAGAGAGGCAGGAUACUUAAGUAGACGAAGGAAUGUAUCUUGUUCACCCCUUCCCAGCCAGUCAUUCACUUUCACAAGUCGAUUCACCAUGGUCAAAGGCCAGGCAGAGUUUGACAAUGUGGCACCACUCGGUGCCCAACCAAACAUUGCAAGUGAGCAAGAGUUGUACAGUUCAGAAAAGGAAAAGUACAUGCCAGAGGACGACGUGAGUGCAGUCGGAAGAGAGGGAAGUGGCGUACAGCGCUGAUCUCUCGCUUGCUUGCUUGCCUGCCGUCCUCAACUCAGAUCCUCGUCACUUCUGCCAUUGAUGUCGAGGGAGAUGGUCACGAGGCUAAAGACCUCGGUAUGACCAAGGAAGAUCUGGAGGCGACUGAGAUCUUGUUGGAUCAAAUGACCUUGGAGCGAACUCAACAUAUCCUUACCCAGACACGAGCUCUCCACCAACAUGAUCAAAACUUCUCCUUUGACGUCCUCGAGCGUAUCAACCUCUUCCUCGAGAACCCCGAUAUCGCUGCUCGACCCGAUAAGCAUGCCGAUCUCAUCAGAGAGAUGAAGUUGGAGGCUAUCCUCGUCACUGAAAACUCGCCAUACUCUGAGGUCCGAGCUGUCGUGGACAACUUUGAUGAGCCUGAGCUGCCUGUGUUCACGUUCCGAACGUGGACAUUGGGUAUCGGAUAUGUCGUCAUUGGUUCAUUCAUUAAUCAGUUGUUCGAACUCCGACAACCUGCCAUUUACAUUACCUCCGAGGUGGCUCAAUUGCUUGCCUUCCCCGGUGGUAAACUUUUCGAACGAUUCCUGCCUGAUUGGGGUCUUACUGUCCGCGGUCAGCGAUACAGUAUGAACCCUGGACCUUUCAACCGAAAGGAGCACAUGUUGAUCACCAUCAUGGCGACUGUCGGAUACAACACACCUUACACGACCAACAUCAUCUUGUCCCAGUACCUCCCUCAAUACUUUAACCAACCUUACGCCAAGGAAUUCGCCUACCAGAUUCUCCUCGGUAUCGCCACAAACUUUUGUGGAUUCGGUCUAGCAGGUCUCGCCAGACGAUUCCUCGUCUAUCCUUCUUACUGCGUCUGGCCAGCUUCCCUCGUCACUAUCGCUCUGAAUCAGGCCUUCCACAAGAAAGAGGAUCAUUCCGUCUCUGGACCUCUUGGAAAGACUUACACUUGGUCUCGACUCAAAUUGUUCUCCGUCGCUUUCGGAGCCAUGUUUGUCUGGUUCUGGAUCGUAUCGUUCAUCUUCCCUGCCCUGAGCACAUUCAACUGGAUCAGCUGGAUCAACUCGACCAAUGUUCCGCUCAACUUGAUCACUGGAAGCAACAAUGGUCUCGGUCUUAACCCAUUCCCCACGUUUGACUUCAACAACUUGACUGCAUUCGGUUGGAACCCGCUCGUCAUUCCCAGUUUCAGUACCCUCAACAUUGGUGCCGGUAUGCUUUUAGGUUUCUUCAUCAUCAUCGUCAUGUACUGGACAAACGCAUACCACACUGCCUACCUGCCCAUCAACAGUAACAAAGUCUUUGACAAUACUGGCGCUCGUUUCGACGUUCAGCGUGUCAUCAAUGACAAGGGACUCUUUGACCGAGAAGCUUAUCAGACAUACUCUCAGCCCUGGAUGGCGGCUGGAAACAUUGUGGUCUACUGGUUCUUCUUUGCCCAGUACGCCGCCACUGUCUCUUACGCCUACCUUUUCCACCGACACGAAAUCAAGAUGGGCUUUAGGAGUCUUUACAAGAGUCUGAGGUUCAGGAGAGCUUCAGAUGAGAUCGAUGAAGAUGAUAUCACCACCAACGAUAUUCACAUGCGAUUGAUGAGAAAAUACAAAGAGGUUCCCGAAUGGUGGUUCCUCAUCAUCCUCCUGGUGGCUAUCGCUACUGGAGUCGCUGCGCUCGCACACUGGGACACUUACUCGUCGCCUGCCAUCCCUCUUUACGGUAUCGCCCUUGCUCUGCUCUUCGUCAUUCCCGUCGGUAUGAUCACUGCCAUCACCGGUCUUCAAGUCACCAUGAACGUUCUUGCCGAGUUGAUCGGAGGCUCUGUUGAGCCUGGUAACGCUCUUUCGAUGAACUUCUUCAAGGCUUUUGGAUACAUUACGACCGCUCAAGCCGUCUACUUCUCCAACGAUCUUAAAGUCGCUCAUUACCUCAAGAUUCCUCCCCGAUGCACUUUUGCGGCUCAGAUUAUCGCCGUGGCCGUUUCGACUUUUGUCUGCACCGGAGUCUUCAACUUCCAAAUGACUGGAAUCAAGAACGUCUGCACGUCUCAAGCCGCUUUCGACAUGACUUGUCCCGGUAUCAACACCUUCUUCACUGCUGCCGUGUUCUGGGGUACAUUUGGACCUCCCAAGCUUUUCGGUCCCGGUGGUCAAUACGUUGCCUUGUUGUCCGGUUUCCCCUUUGGAUUUGCCCUCCCCAUCGUCAUGUACUGGCUCCGAAAGAAGUUCCCCAACGUCCGAAUCUUCCGACAACUUCACCCGGUCAUGUUCCUUUACGGAGGAAUUCAAUGGGCUCCUUACAACUUGACCUAUAUGUGGCCUAGUAUCCCCAUCGCUUGUCUCUCUUGGCUUUACAUGAAGAAGCGACACCUUGCUUUCUGGUCCAAAUACAACUUUGUCCUUGCUGCCGCUUUCAGUUCCGGUAUCGCCAUAGCUGGAGUCAUCAUCUUCUUCUCGGUCCAAUUCCCCGAUAUUACCUACGAAUGGUGGGGUACGGACGUCUCGUACCAGGGUUGUGAAGGUACGGCUUGUGUCCUGAAGACCGAGUUACCGGCAAAGGGAUACUUUGGACCUGAUCCCGGCAGCUUGCCUUUCUGAGCAAGACCCAAAAAGAAGGAGAAUUUAGGGGCGUAAUCUGUUGGAAUGGAACGUUGUGAAUGCCCUUUUGUCUAUAUAGUUGUUGAAUGAAUUGAGAAUGGUAGACACGAUGAACACGGGGGCUUGUGUAUGCAUGCAU